AUGUCACUCAAACAUAUCCUCAAUGACGAUCCGACACCGCCACUCCAUAUAUCCGCACCUGCAGCUCAGGCUCCUGUGCCCACGUCGGUGAUUGAUCCAGCGCUAAUGAGUCGCUCGCCUUCCUCUACUACCACCAUGUCUCCCAGUCUUCAGCCACAGCCGUUUGUUCAGCCGCGUACGCCGCUUGACCUUGAACAGCCCCCUCCUCCACGUGGAUAUUCGUAUCAGCCUGUGGCAUACCAAGGUGCAGGAGGAGGCAAUUACUACUCCGAACAUGAUGACCAAGCAUCCGUAUCUCCUCCGCCCUUCUCGAAUGGCGGACAAAUGCCGACUACUCGGUUCAAAGAAGGUUACGUCGAGAGCAACGGUAGGAGAAAGAGGAAGCAUAUGGAUGAUGACGAGGAUUACCACCCGCCCGGCCAGAAGCGCCAUUCACGGCGCCACCCUCCGCGUACGCGUCAACAACAUCGUGCGCAGACACCCGCGUCUUCAGAUACACAUGAAGACGCUCCAGUAGCUGAAGAACUUUCUGAGCACAUAGAAGAAGACAUGAAGCUCAGUUCUUCCGACUUAGAAGACUGCGAGGAACUAUGGACAGGAGAACUCGGUAACUAUAUUGUAGAGACGCACAAAAGGCAGAAACAGGUCGACGCAUUCUUUUCUCGCUGGAUCAUUGAGCGAGAUUCUCUUACAGCGUAUCAGAUGUCUCAUUCCUACAGGAACCGCAUCGCUCGUAUACCCCUUCCUCCACCCCCGGCGCCGCCGCCGCCGCCACCACCGCCUGUGCAGCUUGAAGUUGACGAAGUACUACGCCACGUAUCGCCUCCAUUAGACGGCUACGAUACGGUCCAUGGUGACUUUGUGCAUGCUGACGGCUCAUACGGCGCUGGGCCCGAAACUGUAGCUCGAGAAAUGGACGACACUGCUCUUGGAGUCACUGCUAAACGCAGGGGCAAAGGCAAAGGCAAAGAAUCGAAGAAGCGUGUCCCGCCACCGUAUAGCGAUUCUGGCAGUGAAGACAUACCGAUCUCAGCCAAGAUCGGUCCUGCUCACAAGAAACGCAGAGUCGACAAGGUCACUACUGGCAAUGACGUCGCCAGCAUCGCAGACGAGUUUCAACGUUCGAUUAUUCCUGGUGACUCGAUGGUACCAUCGCCUGCACAUAAGUUAGUAGCUUUGGCGAAAGGCAAGGGGAAAGGCAGGCAGCGCGAGCAUAGCGUGGAAAGCGUGGCGACUACACCCAAGCCGCGCAGGAAACCUGGUCCAAGGAAGAAGUAUGAUACAUUGCCCCCUCAGACGCAGGAAUAUUUAGGCAUCGCGUCUGCGUCUGUAUCUGUUGCUGGCGAUACGACGCCCGUUGGAUCAAGACCGGCGUCACCAGCCCUUACGGUGGCAUCCGCUACUCUGUACGAGUUGGAUGAGGCAAUACCUCCGCUGAAGCGCGCGAAAAGGGUAGAUGAAGCUGCUAUGCUGAAACGUGUCAAAAUGCUGGAGGAAGCUCAGAGGAAAGUGUGGACAAAUAUUGCGAGAAAGGACGUGGCGAAGGUGUACAAGUACCAUUCGCAAGGUUUCUUAGCGAGACAGCUUCAGUGCAAGCGCAUCGCGGAUCAAUGCUCCUCGCAAGCUCGCCGACCCCUUGUCCGGACAAUCAAGAGCGGGAAGGAUGUCCAGGUGAAGGGUAAGCGCCUGAUGCGAGAGAUGCUCGUAUUCUGGAAGAAGAACGAGAAAGAGGAGCGCGAUGUCCGGAAACGUGAGCAGAAGGAGGCGAGCGACCGCGCAAAGAUUGAGGAAGAGAAGCGCGAGGCUGCACGGCAGGCUCGGAAGCUGGAGUUCUUGAUUAGCCAGACUGAGCUCUACAGUCAUUUCGUUGGUAACAAGCUCAAGACUGCCGAGUUGGAGGGUGGUGCUGCUCAUAUUCAAGCCUCACACGUCCCAGCUGGUGCACAUCUCGAAGAUGUAGAGGCAGGUGUACUUCAGGAAAUUGACUUCGACGAAGAGGACCCGACCAACAUCCACCAACACGCCAGAGCCAAUGCCCAGGCGGCUAUUGCCCUCGCGAAGCAGCGCGCAGAAGCCUUUGAUACACAGGCUGCGUUGGAACGCAAGACUAACGAGGCGCUGAAACUGGCAAAAGGCCAGGCGCAUAUUCACGGUGAAGAAUCUGUAGAAACUGUAGAUUCGUCCUCAGGGUCGGGUUUGCCGGCCACCCCCCUUGUUGAUCUUGAUUCCGACGAGCUCAACUUCCAGAAUCCAACAUCGCUGAGUGACGAGCUGACGAUCAAACAGCCCAAGAUGCUGAUGGCUACCCUCAAGGAAUACCAACUGAAGGGUCUGAACUGGCUUGCUACUUUGUACGAGCAAGGCAUCAACGGCAUUCUUGCUGAUGAGAUGGGUCUCGGCAAGACCGUCCAAUCAAUAUCAUUAUUGGCUUACCUUGCUGAGACGCAUGAUAUCUGGGGUCCUUUCUUGGUUGUGUCGCCGGCAUCGACCUUGCACAAUUGGCAACAAGAGAUCACUCGUUUUGUUCCCGGUUUGAAGGCACUACCCUAUUGGGGUAAUGUGAAAGACAGGACAACUCUUCGGAAGUGCUGGAACAAAAAGGAGAUAAGCUACGACCAGGAUGCUCCGUUUCAUGUCCUUAUUACGAGUUAUCAGCUGGUUUUGCAAGAUCAACAAUACUUCUCGCGUGUCAAAUGGCAGUACAUGAUUCUCGAUGAAGCACAGAAUAUCAAGAAUUCGUCAAGUAAUCGCUGGAAGACACUUCUUGGGUUCCAAUGUCGGAAUCGCCUCCUACUCACUGGAACUCCCAUUCAGAAUUCGAUGCAAGAGUUAUGGGCGUUGCUGCACUUCAUUAUGCCAAGCUUGUUCGACUCGCACGACGAGUUCAACGAGUGGUUUUCCAAGGACAUCGAGAAUGCCGCAGAGAACAAGGGUAGCAAACUAAAUGAGCACCAGCUUCGGCGGUUGCACAUGAUCUUGAAACCAUUUAUGCUACGUCGUGUGAAGCGCCAUGUGCAGAAUGAGCUUCCAGAGAAGAUCGAGAUUGACGUUUACGUGGACCUGAGUGCUCGUCAAAGAGCUUUGUACAAGGGAGUGCUUGCCAAGGUUUCGGUGGCUGACCUGCUACAGAAGGCGGCCAGCAUCGGAAAAAAUGCUGAAUCAACCCGGUCACUUAUGAACCUAGUGAUGCAGUUCCGAAAGAUUUGCAAUCACCCGGAGCUCCUUGGACGUGCGGAUGUGGUUGCGCCAUUCUCCUUUGCAAAGUUUGGCCAAUCGGGACCUCUCAUCCGCGAGGGAGAUACCGUACAAUUACCUUACUCGACCCGCAAUCCGAUCGAGUUUAUCAUACCGACGCUCUUCUACAAUGAUGGUGGAAUCGUAGAUGUACCCAGAGAACAUGCAGAGAAGGACACUGCAAGGUUGGCCACGCUUAUGAACAUAUGGUCCACGGACAGAAUACAGCACUCGUUAUAUGAAGGAAAGCAUUCCGGCUUUUCGUUCCUGAGAUUCCUGGAUAUGUCUCCGAGUGAAACACAUGCGAUACACAUGGCACGCCUGAUUCAGAGACAGCUCUCAGCGUCGUACGCAGAAGCUCACCGGCUUGAAGAUGAGCCCUAUAGCUUGGAUCCAGUGUUUGUUGCGAGCCUGGCGUCGGGUCGUUACAAAAUGUCUACUGGCAUUCCUCUGGGUGCGCUGGAACUAACCGGUGAAUUGCCGGAUGUUCGUCACAUUUCUACGUCGGCCUGGCAGUCAUCUUGUCUGUCGCGAAGAGACUUCAAGUUGUUCGUACCACCUGUCGUUGCACCCCCAAUAUCUGUCUAUUGCGCCAAUCGUGCAUUCAUAGAGCAUCAGGCAAACCUGUUAGACUCUCCUUUGGAGUCGCUGGCCCUCUAUGGCAUACCUCCACAUAUGUGGGAGUCGCAGGACGCGUGCUCCGAGUAUCAAAGACGAGUGCUCGGCGUGCCGGUGUCCGGACUCUUUGGGGCAUCCUCUCCCGAUCAGCUUCCUUUAUCGUCGAUGCAGAUUCCAGAGGCGAAGCGGCUGAUCUUCGACUCCGGAAAACUUGCCUAUCUCGACACCUUACUGCAGGAACUCAAGGCAGGAGACCACCGGGCGUUGAUGUACUUCCAGAUGACCCGCAUGAUGGACCUGAUGGAGGAGUACCUCAUCUAUCGCCAGUAUAAGUACCUGCGUUUGGAUGGACAUUCGAAGCUGGACGACAGACGUGACAUGGUCAUGGAAUGGCAGACGAGACCCGACAUCUUCAUAUUCAUCCUCAGUACUCGGGCAGGAGGGCUAGGUAUCAAUCUCACUGCAGCUGAUACUGUCAUCUUCUAUGACCAUGACUGGAACCCGUCCAACGACGCGCAGGCAAUGGAUCGUGCACAUCGUUUAGGUCAAACACGACAAGUCACUGUCUAUCGGUUGAUCACGAAGGGCACAAUUGAUGAACGCAUCGUGCAACUGGCCAGGGUCAAGAAAGAUGUCCAAGAUAUCGUCGUUGGCAACAAGACCUUCACGGACGUCACCAAGCCCAGCGAAAUCGUGCAACUGCUGUUGAACGAAGACCAGUUGGUCAAUUUGGACAAGGACGUUGCCACAAAGAGUACAGAAGGGAUCCCGACCGGUGCAGUUGCAGGCACGGAGGGAGCCGUUGAAGACCUAUGGGACGAGGAUGGGGAUGAGUUCUUUGGGCCAUCGCAAGGCGGUGUGAAUGCAGAGAUGCUUGAAGAGGAACCUGCGCCCGCUCCUGCCCCAACGCGCGGCAGGAAGCGCAAAGACCCAAAUGCGCCGCGCAAGAAGCCAGGUCCUAAAGCGAAGAAAAAGGCCCCGGUUGCAGAUGAGGAUGCGCAGUCAUAG